ACGACACGUCCCCAGACCAGCCAGUUCGGUGGUGUGUGGUACACCAGCCAAUACGCUUCCUUUGGUAAGUCAUCACACCCGCCAAAUACGACUCCUUUCUCGUCUCCUGAACAAAACAUCAAACACCUUCCACGCCAAAAAAUAAAAACUAAAAACAGAUAUAAAAAUAAAAUAAAAAUAAAAAAUAAAGAAGUGGAGGGUAUAUAAUCUCUUCUAUUGCGGAAAUCUCUCUAUUUCUCUCUAAAAAUGGCAUCUUUGAAGCCUCAAAGGUCUUCUGCAACAGCCCAAACAGAAUCCAAAGGAUUGGGAAAAUCCUCUAAGAAGAAGAAGAAGAGCCGUUUCUCAACAAUUGGAUGUUUCAAGACCUCAUCCGAUACCACCGUCGAAAUCCCCGACGGAUUCCAUGCCCUCGAAAUGGAAUCCAAUGUUGCAGGAGAUCGUCGACUUCCGGCCCACCUCGUCGUCUUCGUGAACGGCAUUAUAGGCAGUGCUGCAAAUUGGAAAUUUGCUGCAAAACAGUUCAUCAAGUUAUUUCCAGAAGAUGUUAUUGUGCAUUGCAGUGAGUCUAAUUGCUCUAUGUUGACGCUUGAUGGUGUUGAUGUAAUGGGAGAGAGAUUAGCUGAAGAGGUAAUAUCAGUUAUUAAACGCAGGCCAGAACUUCAAAAGAUAUCCUUUGUAGGUCACUCGCUAGGUGGGUUGAUAGCAAGAUAUGCCAUUGGUAGGCUUUAUGGACGAAACCCCAGGACAGAACCUUUUGAAGAAAAUGGAGACAGUAAUGGGGUUGAAUGUGGAACUGAACACCCGGAAGAGAAAUCAAAUGGCAAAAUUGCUGGACUGGAGCCCAUGAAUUUCAUAACAUUUGCAACCCCUCAUCUCGGUUCAAGAGGGCAUAGACAGGUCCCAUUGUUUUGUGGCUUUCACAUGUUGGAGAAAAUGGCGACUCAUACUUCACGGAUUAUUGGGAGAACUGGGAUACAUCUCUUCCUCAAUGACAAUGAUGAGGGAAGGCCUCCACUUCUGCUUCAGAUGGUCAAUGACAAUGGAGAUCUUCAAUUCAUGUCUGCUUUGCAAUCUUUCAGGCGCCGUGUUGCAUACUCGAAUUCAUGCUUUGACCAUAUUGUCGGGUGGAAGACAUCAUCAAUCCGUCGUCAGCAUGAGCUGCCAAAGCUCCAACAUCUUUCAAAGAAUGACAAGUAUCCACAUAUUGUAAAUGUGGAGGCACCGAAAGUUGACAGUCUUCAGCAGGAAGUCCUUUCAGAAUCUGAAGUCAAGACUAUUGACUUGGAAGAGGCAAUGAUCAGAGGCCUCAAUAAAGUGAGUUGGGAACGUGUAGAUGUCAGCUUUCGCAAAAGUAAACAAAGAUAUUUUGCCCACAGUACCAUUCAGGCAAGUCGGUGCUUCUCCUAAAUCUCAUCAAGUAAAGACUUACUGUAUAAAUUCGGAUGGGGCCGAUGUCAUUUUCCACAUGAUUGACAAUUUUUUACUGUAAGGAAGUUAUUUCUUCAGCUUAAGAGGAUAUGAUGUUAUUAUUUUGCAAGCAGCCAUCAGAAAUGGCAAGGAGAAGCGUCUCAUCAUCUUCCUCUUCUUUUUUCCUUCCUAGAGUUGUCAAAAUAGGCAUAAUAGGCGCUUUGCUGGUGUAAUGUUAGAUUUUUUUUUAUUUUUUCCUUCUUUCUUUCUUUCUGUUCAUUUCUUUGUUGUUGUAAGAUAGAUUGUAAAUACUAGUUUUGAUGACGCAUUUCCGAUUGGAAUA